AGCCCCGCAGGCCGGACUGGCUCCGCCCAGGCAGGAGGACGCGGGGUUCGAAGUCCCCGCCCCUUCCGAGGAGUUUCCCAAAACCCAGCGCGGCAGUUCUCAGCCGCGCUAAGAUGGCGACUCCCAUGCAUCGGCUCAUAGCUCGGAGACAAGCUGAAGCAAAUAAACAACAUGUAAGAUGUCAGAAAUGCUUGGAAUUUGGACAUUGGACUUAUGAAUGCACAGGAAAAAGGAAAUACCUACACAGGCCUUCAAGAACAGCAGAACUAAAGAAAGCUUUAAAAGAAAAAGAAAACAGAUUAUUAUUAUUACAACAAAGCAUUGGAGAAACUAAUACAGAAAGGAAGACCAAGAAAAAAAGGUCUAAGAGUGUAACCAGUUCCAGUAGCAACAGCAGUGACAGUUCAGCCAGUGAUUCCUCAUCCGACAGUGAAGACACGUCUACCUCAUCCUCCUCCGAGGACAGUGACACCGACGAAAGCUCCUCCAGUUCAUCAUCUUCAUCCUCAUCCACAAGCUCCUCCUCGUCCUCUGAUUCAGACUCCGAUUCCAGUUCUUCCAGCAGCAGCAGCACCAGCACGGAGAGCAGCUCUGAGGACGAGCCACCAAAGAAGAAGAAAAAGAAAUAGAAUUGCCCCAUCGCCAUUGGACUGCUGGACUGCAAACAUUAAUGUGAUUCUCGCAAGGGAACUUAGAGUAUGUUAAGGCCAAAUAGAUUAAUCGGUCAAAAUUUCUGGAGUUCAAAAGUUUCUAAGUGUUUUACAUCAUUAGAGCAUAAAGAGUAUUAAUAAUGGAUUAUAUAAAAAAUAUAUAUGUGUGUGUGUGUAUAUAUAUGAAAGACUUUUUUUAUUUUAAGGGUAAAUCUUGUUUUUCUUUUUUAUCUUUAAUAUAUAUCUCUAAAACUUAAAGCUGAAUCCAGUAAAUCUGUUUUGGGGAUGAAACUUAUCUUUUCUCCUUGUGAAAUAAAUGCCAUACUUUGUUAUUUGUUAGUGCUAUGUAUGUAUCAGACAUGUUUUCAGGAUAAUGCAUCAGAAUAUCUGGCAGUGAAUUUCUAAUGCUUUUGGCUAUGUGUUAUUAUAUAAGAUUUAAUACAUUGUUACUACAAAAUUAGGAGCGUUCCUCUUAAUAACUCUGCCCUAUUUUUAUGCUUAUGUUCAGAAAGUUAUUCUGACUUCUUGUCCUAAAUGAAAAGCUCAAGAAACCUAUUAAUAUCUUUAUACGUUUUGGAUGGUACAAAUGUCAAGUUAUUGUGUUAUAUCAUUCAUUUUCUUCUGGUUCUUAGAGUUACUCUUUUUUUUUUUCAAGUAGGCUCCACACCUGGCGUGGAGCCCACUGCGGGGCUUGAACUCACAACCCUGAGAUCAAGACCUGCGCUGAGAUCAAGAGUCCAAUGCUUAACUGAAUAAGGCACCCAGGUGUCCUGUAAAGUUACUCUUUUCUGAGGAAAAUCAGUCUGGAGGAACCUAAAAAGGAACAAAAAUUCUGAAACUACUUAGGAGUCUAAUCUUGGUGCCUUUUGAUAAAUGCUAUGUAUCAGAAAAGAGUCAUUUAAAAGCCUAACUUAAGGUAAAAGUGAUAUAAAUAUCUUUGUGUGUUAUUACACUAUAAAAGGUAGGAGAGGAAAAGAAAGGAAGAGAGGUAAUUUUAACAGAAAAUUAGGGCGAUGUUCGUUGCCUUUUAUUAAGCUUUUCUAAGCUUUCAUAAAGAUUGCCUUUUAUCAUUUUUGCAAUUGUGGUAUGAUGGUUUAUAUGGCAGCUGGUCAUAUAUGACACUCUACUGCGUAAAUAUAAAUGACUUGGAUUAAUCUGGUGUGUUUACAUAGCAUAUACACAGUUGAAAUGUAGCAUGAAAGAUUAAAGAGAAAUACUGCACAAUGUUUCUUAAAAGUAAAAUUCUCUGCUGUAGUGAAAUUCUUUAGUUUCGCAUGACAUCAUUCUGUGAUGUCUUUUAAGCUUUUUGGAAAGAGGUAUCAUUUGUAGAAAAAUCUUGAUUUGGGCUAAGUAAUGGGUUUUUAAAACUAUGAAUGUUGUCUUUUUUUAUAUUUUUAUGAGAAAGUAGUAGAAAAUUGCUUUUGAAAAAAUGGGCUUCUAUUUAACUGUUGAAAUAUACGUAAUAAAUAUUGUAAGUUUGAGGAGCCUGUAAUUCCUUGUAUGUUUUAUAGAACCAUCCGCUUUCAGUGAUUGUAAAUAAACUCUCAAAACAUCA